AGAUGGCGGCCGCCGGCAGGGCCUGGCGGGCCGCUGCGCUGCUGCCGCCCUGGCGGCUGCGGGCUCCGGGCCGGUCGUACGGCGCCGCGGCGGGAGGGGGCGGCGGGGGCCGCCUGCUGCUGGGCGCCGCCUUCGCGCUGGGCGGCGGCGCCGGCCUCUACCUGGCGGCGCGGCAGCGCCUGCGGGAGCACUCGGCCGCUGAGCUGCCUGCAGGAAGGCUGCAGCUCACACUCUACCAGUAUAAAACAUGUCCUUUCUGCAGCAAAGUCCGAGCUUUUCUUGAUUAUCAUGGACUGCCCUAUGAAAUUGUGGAGGUGAACCCAAUAAUGCGGAAAGAGAUCAAAUUCUCUUCCUACAGAAAGGUGCCUAUCCUGCUAGCCAACGCUGGAAGCCCUCUGCAAUUGAAUGACUCUUCAGUGAUCAUCAGUGCAAUAAAGACCUAUCUCAUUUCCAAGAGGAAUAGCUUAGAAGAGAUCGUCUCCUUUUAUCCUCCUAUGAAAACCGUGACUGAGCAAGGCAAGGAGGUGUUUGAGUAUGGGAAUAAAUAUUGGCUCAUGCUGGAUGAGAAGGAGACAAAGCGAGUGUACCCUGUCAAAGAAGUGAGAGUGGAAGAAAUGAAGUGGAGAAAAUGGGCAGAUGAUUGGCUUGUUCACCUCAUCUCCCCCAAUGUUUACCGUACCCCCAGAGAAGCCUUGGCAUCGUUUGAUUACAUUGUGCGUGAGGGGAAGUUUGGCACCAUGGAAGGUUUCUUUGCCAAGUACAUGGGGGCUGUUGCCAUGUUCUUUGUUAGCAAGAGACUGAAGAAAAGGCAUCACCUUCGAGAUGAUGUCCGACAAGACUUGUAUGAAGCAGUUAAUGAGUGGGUAAAAGCCGUUGGCAAACAUCGACUGUUCAUGGGUGGGAACCAGCCUAACCUUGCUGACUUGGCGGUGUACGGGGUCCUCCGAGUCAUGGAAGGACUGGAAGCCUUUGACGACAUGAUGGUUCACACCAAGAUCCAGCCUUGGUACCAGCGCAUGGAAGAAGCGAUUCAAAAAGCUGAAGUUGCAGUCUGAUGCCAGCUGCAGCUGCCUUCCUGAAGUACUUGCAUGGUAAAAAAAAACACUUCAGAAGGAAUGACACUUAUUUUUUAAGGGUUGAAUGGACUAGUCACACCCAGUGGACUGAGAGGCAGGCACGGAGACUGUCCUGUUCAGAGCAUCAAGUCACAGUGAGCAAAGGGAAUCCAGCUCGGUGUGUGAACAUGCUGUUUAGAAGGAUGGGGAUGGGUAAAAGGGAUCUUGGAUGCUUCUGGAAAGGAGAAGCUCUGGACUGAAGAGUGCAUCAAAUAGGCUUCCUUUAGGUGAGAGGCGAUUCUCAGAGCAGACUACUGUAAAAGCAAGCUGCUCUUGGCUAGCAAGAGUUGCAGCUGUGUGUGAUGUGAUGGGUCUGAGCAGCUUUUGUUUCGGGCUGUCUUCUGCUGCCCAUCCAUGUCAUCCGAAGUGUUUUACUAAGACUGACACACUGGAUACUUGUUUUUAAGUGAUGUUUUUUCCUGCAAUAGAAUCCUGUAAGCCCAGUGCUGAGGAAACAGGCAGAAUCCACGGGACUGGGCAGGGCACCCUUCCCAUGACAGAAGCGACGCUGCACUCAGCAGAUUGUAUGCUUGUACUCUUCCAUGUAAACGGUUCUUCCAAUACUUGAUUCCGUACAGUCUGCAAGGAUAAAGGCUUCUGCUUUCUGUG